AAAAAUAUUAAGACAAAAAUCGAAUCCCUAUCUCCCUCUCUUUCUCAAUUCCUCGUUAAUGUCCCUUGCCCUUCUCUCUCUCUCUCUCUCUCUGUUUAUAUAUAAAUAUUAUUAUUACGUAGGGAACGUAUUUGUUUUUCUUUUUUUUAUCGGAAAAGAAGGAAAAGUGAUGUAGGGAUGAGUCGUAUUUGAGAUUCAAAUGGUAUUGGCUGGAGGACGAGCUGGGGAUUCUAAUGCUUGGAUCUGCUGGUGGUCAGAUGGCCUCCAGCUUAUACAAGUUGGAACAGAAGAGGUCUCUAGUACGGUACUUAGUUGUCUAAGAAUUAUUUCUCUUUGAGAAGAUUUUUUAUGGCGUGAGGAUAGGAGGCCGAAAUGGUUUUGCAUCCCAAAUAUUUAAGAACAUGGAAGAAAUGCAAGAUGACAUGGGGCCAACAGAACAAGGGCCUUCUGUGUGGUGGGGUUCUGAUUUUAUGGAGAAAUUUGAAUCUGUUUCUUUGCUUUCACAAGAAGAUAGUUUGAAUCAUAAGGAAUCGCCUAGAAAUUACGAGGAAGAUGGUUUAUCUUCACAGACUGCAUCACAAAUUCUUUGGAAUACUGGGAUGCUUUCUGAACAAAUUCCAAAUGGAUUCUACUCUGUCACACCGGAUAAAAGGCUAAAGGAUCUCUUUGAUAGUAUUCCAACUUUAGAAGAGCUUCGUGCUUUGGAUGGUGAGGGUUUCAAGGCUGAUAUCAUUUUUGUAGAUUCAAAGAAAGAUAAAAAAUUAUCUAUGCUGAAGCAAUUGAUUGUGGCACUAGUCAAAGGAUUGAACUCAAAUCCAGCUGCAAUGAUAAAAAAGAUUGCUGGAUUGGUAUCUGACUUUUAUAAAAGAGCAAAUGUGGAAAGUCCAGCAAAAUCUUCACUGGAAGAAACCUCCCACAUGUUUGAAAGUCGAGGUGUUCAGUUACUUGGACAAAUAAAGCAUGGGUCAUGCCGUCCUCGAGCAAUCUUGUUUAAAGUUUUAGCUGAUACUGUAGGUCUUGAAAGUAGUCUCAUGGUGGGUUUACCGAAUGAUGGAACUGCUGAGUGCAUGGACUCAUACAAGCACAUGUCUGUGAUAGUUGUGUUGAAUUCUGUGGAACUACUGGUUGAUCUUAUGCGAUUUCCUGGUCAGUUAAUACCCCUGUCAACCAGGGCAAUUUUUAUGACCCAUAUUUCAGCUGCAGGGGAGAGUGAUUCUGCGGAAAAUGAUUCCUGUGAUUCACCACUUGAACCAAACAGUCCUCUGUAUGGCUUUUCAGAGAGAGUGGAUCCUGACAGUGCUGAAAAAGAUGAGAGCCUUCAGUUCCAUAGGAAGUUAGAGGCAGCUACAAAUGUGUCAGGUCCUGCAUUGCAAAAAAUUAUGUUGCGAUCUACUGCCUGUAUUGACAGGAAAUUGAGCUUAUCACACAGUGAGCCCAAUAUUGCAACUACCUUUUGGAGACGUAGCCGGAAAAAGGUCAUUACUGAACAGCGGACUGCUAGUUCAAGUCCAGAGCAUCCUUCAUUUCGAGCGCGGGGGCGGUCCAUGUUAAGUGGUGACAGGCACUCAAUUAGAGAUUAUGCUGAUGAUGAAGUUGCGUCAAGCUGCAGAUCAGAGGGUGCAUCGACAUCAGAAGCUCGUAGAAUGAGAAGAAGAAGCAUUAGCAUGACCCCAGAGAUUGGCGAUGAUAUCGUAAGGGCUGUGCGUGCAAUGAAUGAAUCAUUGAAGCAAAAUCGGCUUUUGAGGGAGCGAGGUGAUGAUAGGUCAUAUGCAGGCUCUCUAGAUGACAAGGACAAUGGUCCAGAUCUCCAGAAAAAUGUAUCUAAUUUUGAUCUUGAUGGUCAUGGUGAAAUAUCUGGUAGAAGGUCUGCUUUAUAUACUCUUCAAAGGGACCACAUAAAUUCCCAAAAGGCUAUAUCAUUACCAUCAUCUCCACAUGAAUAUAGGAGUAAAACAUCAGAAAGAAGGGGACCUUCAGGUUAUGUGAAUGAUGAAUUUGUUUCAACAUGGAACAAAGUUCUUGAAUCUCCCAUGUUCCAUAAUAAGCCUCUAUUACCAUUCCAAGAAUGGAACAUUGAUUUCUCAGAAUUAAUUGUUGGGACUCGUGUUGGCAUCGGGUUUUUUGGAGAAGUUUUCCGUGGUGUAUGGAAUGGAACAGAUGUUGCAAUCAAGGUUUUUCUAGAGCAAGAUCUAACUGCUGAAAACAUGGAGGACUUCUGCAAUGAGAUAUCCAUUCUUAGCCGACUUCGACAUCCCAAUGUUCUUGCAGUUAUCUUAUUCUUGGGUGCUUGCGUGAAGCCCCCUCACUUGUCAAUGGUUACUGAAUAUAUGGAGAUGGGGUCUCUGUAUUAUAUGAUCCAUUUGAGCAGUCAGAAAAAGAGGCUUAGUUGGCGGAGGAGGCUAAAAAUGUUGCAUGAUAUAUGCAGGGGGUUGAUGUGCAUCCAUCGGAUGAAGAUAGUUCACCGUGACCUUAAAAGUGCAAACUGUCUUGUGAAUAAACAUUCGACUGUUAAGAUAUGUGAUUUUGGACUAUCCAGAAUAAUGACAGAGACACCUAUGAGAGACUCCUCAUCUGCAGGAACUCCAGAAUGGAUGGCCCCUGAACUCAUUCGCAAUGAACCGUUCACUGAAAAAUGUGAUAUUUUCAGCCUUGGGGUGAUAAUGUGGGAGCUUUGCACACUAAAUAGACCAUGGAAAGGAGUGCCGCCAGAAAGGGUAGUUUAUGCUGUUGCUAAUGAGGGAUCCCGUUUGGAGAUUCCUGAAGGUCCACUGGGCAAGUUAAUUUCAGAUUGUUGGGCAGAGCCAAACGAACGGCCAAGCUGUGAAGAGAUACUCUCCCGUUUGCUCGACUGCGAGUACACGCUCUGCUGAGUCGUUUUCGUGUGUAUAGAAAAACACGGUAGAGGCUUUGCAAUGUGUUUCGGCUAAAUUGUAAACUGUUUGAUUUUCUGUCAUUGGGAAAAACAUCAAAUGCUUCAAUUUUCAGAUGUCAAUGGAACCGUUGAAUCUUUCUGUGCGAGUGAAAAGAGUGGGCAAAUGCUUUUUGUCAA